AUGCUCGGACUCCAAGACUCAGCAAGGCCACUUACACCGCCUGUGCCACAGCAAUUUGGGAAAUCAUGGAAGGCAAAUCUUCAAACGUGGCGCAGGCUAGAAUUGCACAAGUGGUCCUGGGAUGCCAAGAAAGACUGGGACCAAAACACAGCAAAACGAUGCGGCAAACUGCGUAAUGCCAUUCUGUGUCUUGAAGACGUCAAAUCCAAAAAGAAUGGCACAUUGAAUGAUGCCGCAGAAUUUCUUGACAAAGAGCAGAAGCGACUAAAACUGAACAUCACAACCCACCUUGGAGCAAAGAUGAAGGAUAACACUACAAUUACCUCAAGAAAGCAGAAGAAAAAGCCAAUGGAAGAAAACAAUGAUAUUGGUGGAAACACAGUAAUUUCCCAGUGA